AUGCCCACUCUGGACUUCUACAACAUGCCCGGUUCUCCGGGUACUUUGGCCAUUGUAAUGACAGCCAAGGCAGUCGGAAUCGAGCUGAACUUCAUCAAUGUGGAGACCACUAAGGGGGAGCAUCUGAAGCCGGAGUUCGUGAAGAUCAACCCGCAGCACACAGUUCCCACUCUGGUGGACAAUGGAUUCGCCAUCUGGGAAUCUCACGCAAUUGUGAUCUAUCUGGUGGAGAAAUACGGCAAGUCGGAUUCUCCUCUCUACCCCAAGGAUCCCCAGAUACGAGCAGUGAUCAAUCAGAGAAUGUACUUUGACAUGGGUACCCUUUACGAUGCCUUUGCCAAGUACUAUUUUCCAAUUCUGCGUAAUAAAAAUGAGGAAACGGAGGAGAACUUAGAGAAACUUAACGCAGCCUUUGAAGUGCUCAAUACUUUCCUGGAGGGUCAAGAUUACGUGGCUGGCAGUGAGACUUCUGUGGCUGACUUUGUUAUCUUCGCUACCAUCCUCGUUAUCAGAGUAGUUGAUUUUGAUUUGAAUGAAUUUCCCAAUGUGGAUAGAUGGUUCCAAAAUGUACGAAAUGUUCCACUGGCUUGGGCCCAAGACCUGAGAGUUCUAGUUGAUGUGAAGAAUUUUCUGACCGCUAAUCUAAUAAAGUAA